UGGGUAGGUGGCUCUGCCCCGCCCCUCGGUUGGAGGCCCUCUCGGGUGCUUCUGCAGCGCUGCUGCUCCAAGGAUGGCUGCUCUGGUUGUAAACAAGGCUGGAUCGGGACUAGACAGUGGCCGUCAGGGCAGCUGGGGCACGGCUGUGGUGAAGGUGCUGGAGUGUGGAGUUUGUGAAGAUGUCUUUUCUUUGCAAGGAGACAAAGUUCCUCGCCUGCUGCUUUGUGGCCACACUGUCUGCCACGACUGUCUCACCCGCCUGCCUCUUCAUGGAAGAGCAAUCCGUUGCCCUUUUGAUCGACAAGUAACAGACCUAGGAGAUUCAGGUGUUUGGGGAUUGAAAAAAAAUUUUGCUUUAUUGGAACUUUUGGAACGACUACAGAAUGGACAUAUUGGUCAGUAUGGUGCUGCAGAAGAAGCCAUUGGGAUAUCUGGAGAGAGCAUCAUUCGUUGUGAUGAAGAUGAAGCUCACGUUGCAUCUGUAUAUUGCACUGUAUGUGCAACUCACUUGUGCUCAGAGUGUUCCCAAGUUACUCAUUCUACGAAGACAUUAGCAAAGCACAGGCGAGUGCCUCUCGCUGAUAAACCUCAUGAGAAAACCAUGUGCUCUCAGCAUCAGGUGCAUGCCAUUGAGUUUGUUUGCUUGGAAGAAGGCUGCCAAACUAGCCCACUCAUGUGCUGUGUCUGCAAAGAAUAUGGAAAACACCAAGGUCACAAGCAUUCAGUAUUGGAACCAGAAGCUAACCAGAUCCGAGCCUCAAUUUUAGAUAUGGCUCACUGUAUACGGACCUUCACUGAGGAAAUCUCAGAUUAUUCCAGAAAAUUAGUUGGAAUCGUUCAGCACAUUGAAGGAGGAGAACAAAUAGUGGAAGAUGGAAUUGGAAUGGCCCACACAGAACAUGUACCGGGUACUGCGGAGAAUGCCCGGUCAUGUGUUCGAGCUUAUUUUUCUGAUCUACAUGAAACUCUGUGUCGUCAAGAAGAAAUGGCUUUAAGUGUUGUCGAUGCUCAUGUUCGAGAAAAAUUGAUUUGGCUCAGGCAACAACAAGAAGAUAUGACUAUUUUGCUGUCCCAGGUUUCAACAGCCUGUCUCCAUUGUGAAAAGACUUUGCAACAGGAUGAUUGUAGAGUUGUCUUGGCAAAACAAGAAAUUACAAGGUUACUGGAAACAUUGCAGAAGCAGCAGCAGCAGUUUACAGAGGUUGCAGAUCACAUUCAGUUGGAUGCCAGCAUCCCUGUCACUUUUACGAAGGACAAUAGAGUUCACAUCGGACCAAAAAUGGAAAUUCGAGUUGUUACAUUAGGAUUAGAUGGUGCCGGAAAAACUACUAUUUUGUUUAAGUUAAAACAGGAUGAGUUUAUGCAACCUAUUCCAACAAUCGGUUUUAAUGUGGAAACUGUAGAAUAUAAAAAUCUAAAGUUCACUAUUUGGGAUGUAGGUGGAAAACACAAAUUAAGACCAUUGUGGAAACAUUAUUACCUGAAUACACAAGCUGUUGUAUUUGUUGUUGAUAGCAGUCAUAGAGACAGAGUUAAUGAAGCACACAGUGAGCUUGCGAAGUUGUUAACAGAAAAAGAACUCCGAGAUGCUUUGCUUCUGAUUUUUGCUAACAAACAGGAUGUUGCUGGAGCCCUUUCAGUAGAAGAAAUCACUGAACUUCUCAGUCUUCAUAAACUGUGCUGUGGCCGUAGCUGGUAUAUCCAGGGCUGUGAUGCUCGAAGUGGGAUGGGACUAUACGAAGGGUUGGACUGGCUCUCACGGCAGCUUGUGGCUGCUGGAGUAUUGGAUGUUGCUUGAUUUUAAAUGCAGCAGUUGUUUCAAGUUUUGUGGUUAAGAGUUAUUUUGCACAUAAUAUGUUGUAACAAAUUCUACAUCUCAAAGAUAGUUAAUUUAGGAUAUGUAUAUGAAAGGAAUUUUGGAUUGGGAAUUAAGUACAAUAUUGCUUUACCAAAAUUAUUCUAUAGCAAAAUUUAAAUAUCUGAUUGAGAUUAAAUUGGAUUAGGGAUUUUUUGAUUUUACAUUUUUUAAAAUGUACAUUUGUUAUUUGAGUUUUUCAGAUUAUAUGUGACCCAUAUAUUGAGAAAUAGUUACAGAGAAAGGGUAAGUGAAGAUGUAUUCUUAUAGCCAACCGAGUGCCUAAAGACCUCUGCAGCAAGUGAGGCAUGGCUUCUUUACUUGUCUUUCCUGAAUUCUGGCAGUAUUUAAUAGUAAGAAUGGCAAUGACUUAAUGAAAUAGGAUUCACAAAUUGCAUCUUUGGGUUAUAGGAUUACUUUUACCUUUAGUAAUAGAAAACCUUUAAAGCUAAGACUAUAAGCUAUAGAAAAUUAAUAUUUUAUACAGUGUUUUAUUAAAACUUUCUCCUAAAGCAUUUUGUAUAAAACCCAGUGAGUCAAAAUGAAAAGUUGCCUAACUAGGCCUGAUUUGUAACAUUAGUACUAACCUGAAGAAUAAUUAAUAAUGAUAAAACU